AUGGGUCCUUUCGAUUUUGGCAUUGGCUCAACGACGGAAGCUCGAGCUGUGAAGAUGGCACUACGUAGAGCUUCCGAAGAUGGCACUACGUUUUCAUUUUCUAAGUCCCAUCAUCAUCUUCUCCUCUUCUACACUCCCAUCGGCGAACCAACCACUGGCGACAAUGAUUCUGAUGACGACGACCACCUCCUCUUUCAUUCUACAAUCCAAUCAUUCUAG